AUGUCGCAAUCCUCUAAGGAUAAGCGAUCUUUACAAUCGUCAACGUCUUCUUCCACUGAGAAGACAGUUACCGUUCCCUCAGUGUCGCUGGCGUACACACCUAGAAUUGCUGGACCAGAACUCUAUGUAUAUACAUUGAAACUAUUACUACUGGAAUAUACUAAUGAACCUAGAUUUCGUAAGUUUCAGGCAGCUGCCGGUUCUCCUCAGCCGACUGCAGUACAACAGCAGCCGCCACUGGUAAGACGUACACCUAGAAGAAACUUUAGCGGUGAAGACGAGACUAGUCGUAUAUUUCAGAUUUCGAAUGGAUUCAAAAAUACUCCUAAUAAAGUUAUUAAAGAAAGCGAUUGUCUUCAGGAUGCUUUACCACGUUUAGAGAAUCAAUUGAGUAAAAUUGCCAUUAAGGAAGUUAAGAUCAGUAAUGAAAAUCUAAGAAGAAGUCUACUGAAAUUUUACAAUGAUGUGUUUUUAAAUCCAAGCAUGAGAUCUACCUUGGACUAUAUGGAAAGAUUCGAAGAGCUAGUGGUGCAUUUCACGAAAGCUGCCAACGGUGAACUGAAUAAACUAGUGAUAGGUAACGUCCAGAAAGAAUUACAUGCACAAGUCUCUUUUUUUAUCGAUUUGGUGAUUAACAUCUCGAAAAAUCUACCUACAGAGUUGGUAAUUAAAUUACAACGGUAUAAGGAAUCUUCAACACCUCAAAGACAUCGUUUUAGAGAAGUUCGCACGCCUUCUAAUGAUACUUCUACUUCUACUGCAUCUUCAUCUUCAUCUGCAUCUUCAUCUGCAUCUUCAUUAGCAUCUUCUCGUGCCACUCCUCGUAUACCAAGUAUAGAAAAGCCAACUCCCCCUAAGCCUACAUUUAGAUUAGAGGAAAUUACGCAUUCUGGUUUUUUCAAAGAAUUGUUUGGAGUGGAUGAUAUCAAGCUACAGCAAGAUGUGGUUAAAGUCAUUAAGGAACCGCUGGCUGACAUCUAUUGUAAAGAAUUAAGUGCCAUUGGUGAUAGUAUUAGGAAAGGUACAGGAGCAUUACAAAUGAAGGAUUUCCCCUCUGAAAAGGAUUACAAUUUGUGGGCCAAUAUCGAACUUAGCGAAAUUGGAUAUUUAAAGGACAAAUUUAAUCCGGAAGGUAAACCCUCUAAUCCAACUAGUAUGCCACAUUCUAUGGUUCCAGAAAAUCCAAGGGAUGCAUUUGUUGCACUUUCCUGUCGUAUCUUUAAACAUGAAAAUUCAGUUUCAAUGAAUGCCUUAAACCUUUCAAAAUCAGCAUUGUUUUUCUUACAAAGGGCUUCCAAAUGUUGGAGAGUAGAAUUCUUUUCAACUCUUUCAUGUCUAGUGUACACGGCGGCUAACUUGAGCAUUUUACAAGACUCUGAACUCAACGAAAAACUCACAGAAAACGUUUUCAAUUUUAUGCAAUCAAAAAUCCUACGCUCGGAGAUCCACAUGGAUACCAGUAUGUGGAACGACGUCGAUCAACAACAAUGGAUUGUUAAUUUAUAUCAUACUUCUAACCAAUGUGUUAUGUCUCUGGAUAACUUGUUGUCAGCGUUAUAUUCAUUUACCAAACCAAAAUUUUCACCAAUUCUUUCCUUCUACUACACAUAUAUUGAAGCGGAUCCUGCGAUGAUUUUAUUCAAAGAACUUACAGGUGGACUUGAUUUUGAUGUUAAGAUAAAGAAAAGAUUACGCAAGACAAUUUUUAAGGCAAGUGAAGACUACUACCUCUCACUCCUUGAUAAAGUACCUAAGGACAAAUCAAUUGAAAUCCAACAUGUACAAAACGUAGGAGAAUUGAUCAUAAAAGAGAUACAGAGUUUACAAAAGAGGUACAACAAGCCAUUAUUAGACAUUAUCAACAUACCAUUUGAGUCUGCCUCAGUUUUAAUUCAAGCUUUCGCUUCGGAUGCUCCGGUUAUGAUCCGAAGAGUCGAAAAAUACACAAGCGUAGGCCCGACGGACGCUCUAGAGAUGUACGAUGUGUUCAAAGAAUUAAGAAAUAUCUACUCACAAGUUCAAACAAAAAAGGCUUUCCCCAUAAAUGUGGAAAAACUUUUUACCAAAUAUUUGUCACAACUCUGUGAUGAAGCGAGUGCUAAAGUUUUGGGGGUUAUUAAGGAAUCCAUUAAAAAUGAAAAUUGGGAACCUGUGAACCCAGAAGUUCACUAUAGUGCCUCAGUGGUAGAUAUUUUCAGAAUGAUUAACGCAUCAAUCGGGUUAUUCAAGCGGUUGGAAUGGCAAAAUAAUUACCAAAUUGCUAAAAUUAUUACAUUCCUUCUCAAAUCAUUUUCUGACGGAUUGCACUAUUAUGCUGGUGUAAUCUUAAAGAUGAUUGAAGAAGAUCUUUCCGAUGAUACUUCGGAAUUUAUAAUUUCUGAAGACGACAAUAAGGAAAACAAUUUGGGUAGUGAAAAAUCGAAAACAUCAUGGAUGGAUGGUAUGAAAAGUGCUCUCAGAAAUUCUCAACCAAUAGAAUUACCUAAACCUUAUCAAUUCAAACCUCAAACAUGUGUUCUUUUGAAUAAUUUGAACUCUGUCAUCGAAAAGUUGAACGAUUUGGAUGCGCAAUUGAACCUAGAAGAAUUGUCUGAUACUAUCAAAAUAUUUGAGAGCAAACACCAAAAGACAAAGAGCAUUGCAAAUAAUAUCGAACAACAACUGCAUCAAUUGUAUACCAUUAGAGUAAUUGGUGCCGAAAACAUCAGAGGCUUCAGCAGCAUCGAUGGACUCUCCAACCCUACCCUUUCUCUUGUGGAUACUUCACAACAACGUGAAAUUGCAAAGACAAAAAUCAUCCGUAAAUCCAUCAAUCCUGUCUGGGAUGAAGAAUUUGAAAUGGAAAUUCCCGUUGGAAAUACACGAACUAUAGCCCUAACAAUUUGGCAUCGACCUUCAGGAAAGUUGCGUAGAAGUAGCCAUGAAGUGUGCGGGAAGUGCUCUUUCCUCUUGGAUUCUAAAAGGUAUACUGAUGACGGGUUCCCUAAUGCGGUCACAUUGGAUCUCGACACACAGGGUAAAGUGUUUCUUGAGAUUUCGUUAGAAAGUGAAAAAUUAGAUGCUGUCUUUUGUAUUGGUAGGGCUUACAGAACAGUUUCUAGAGCUCUGGAUAGGGCCAUUGAACUAAUUACACAUAAAUUUUCUGCUUUCGUCAAUUUUGCAUUUUCUAGAUCCACUCUGAAGGCAGUUUGUGGUACCCAUGGUACUACACAAUCACCAAAAGGUGUUAUUUAUGAUGCCAUUGUUCCAUUAUUUGAUUAUUUGAAUGCCAAUUUGAAUAUUUUAGCUUCAAAAUUGACGCAGCAGCUGUUAUUCAGAAUCAUGCUGCGAGCAUGGUCUUCCAUCCUGGCUGCUGCUGACGGCUUACUCCUACCGUCAUUAUCGAUGGCGAAAAUUAAAAAGUUGCAAAGCACCAAAUCCUUAUGGGGGAAUGCAAUGCAUGCCCUUGGUAAUUCCUCUGUAGUCGGAUAUGGAAGACCCCUCACACAACGUGAGAUAGAAGUUAUUUUCAUUUGGCUGAAUGCCCUUUGUAUCGAUUUCUUCCAUAAUGGUGGUGAAGGUCCUCCAUUGGGCGAUCUCAAAAACAAGUACUAUCAAACAAUUUUACUCAUCCCAGUUUACUAUGAUGAAAGUAUUUCUGCAUUAAAAAAAGAAGCAGAAAGAUUGGCACCUGAAUAUACUAAAUAUUUACAACAAAAGACAUUGGAAACAAAUUCUCCUAGGGCAACAAGUACGAGAUCCAAGACAAUCGCAAGGAAGAAGACAAUCAUGGCAAAUGCCACCAGAAAGAACAGAAAGAAAGCGGAGAUGGAUGUACAAAACGAUGAAAGUGAUCCUUUGGAAAGGUCCGCAGAAACUUUGGACAUUGUUCUGAGAACAUUAAUGGCUAAAGAUGAAGUAGAAUAUGUUCAAAAGCAACUGCACAAUAGGAAGAAAAUCAGAAAAAGUCUUACGACGGAAAGGCGGGUUCAGGCGGCUAUCAGAGGCCAAAAAAUCAAAUAG